AUUCAAUGAUUUCAAAAAUUUCAGGUCAAAAAUAUCUAAUUUCUUUAAAAAAUGAAACUUACGCAUACGGAAGCGCCGGUCUCGGUGGUCGCAUUACAGAACCAGGGGAGUUUCCUCAUAUGGCAGUGGACGAGGAAGGAUUCAAUCCAGGUCAUUGGGACCAAAAUAUUGUAAGAAUCAUAAAUCACCCGGACUACAAACCACCGAAGAAAUAUAAUGACAUAGCCCUCAUAGAAUUGGAACCUGGUUUAUACUUUACUAGUUUUGUACAACCAGCGUGCCUUCACACCGGUUCUGACGAUGUGCUGGUGGGUAAAAAGGCUAUUAUGACAGGAUGGGGAGUAGUUGAAACAGUGUACCACACGACGUCUCCGGAGCUGCAAGCUGUUACGCUGGACGUGCUCGACACUAAGUUGUGCGACAACCUGCUGCAGCCGUCCUGCAACCGGCACUGGUGCGGCCUGCAGGAACACCAGAUGUGUGCGGGAGUCUUAGUGGGUGGCGCAGACGCUUGCCAAGGUGAUUCGGUAGGUCCUUUGCAGAUAGAAAUUCUCCUUCCACAGAAAAAUUUCUGUACAUCGCGCCCUGGCUAUUGCAUCAGACGAAUGCACCAUGUGAUUGGUGUGACGUCAUUCGGAGUGGGCUGCGCUCUACCCAACCUGCCUGGCGUCUACACCAGGGUCUCCAGCUACCUCGACUGGAUCGAAGGCAUCGUCUGGAAAUAA